CUCGUCCAACUGAAGCCAGUUACUGGGACUACGAAACUGAUGACUAAUUGACGUUUGCCUCUCGCGAUAAGAGAAUGUGAUGAACAGUGGUAAAAAUGAAGAAGACUGAAAGCAAUAUGGCGACCAUUUCCCAUCCAUCGGAAACGGUUUCAGAUCAAGCAGAAGCACAAAUUAUCAUUAUCUUUAGCGUGUGGCAGUUCAUAAUCAUCGUACUAACAUUGGGGAUAGGAAUUGUUGCUGUUGGACGAAUAGUGAGAGUUGGCUGUAAGAACUGUUCUACCAUUAUCAUCUAUCUUCUUUGUGGGCUACUUCAUGAACUGUAUGCAAUAUACAUACUACAAACAGCGAAGCAUAUUUCAGACACAAUCACAAUCAAAAGUCAACGGUGUGCUGACUUUUACUCCGUCUGUUUAGUCGCCAUUGUUGUAUCGAUGUUGGCGGUUUUCCGCUCCACUCUUAAAGUAACUUUUCCAAUUCAAAAGGCAAAUGUAUUCCGUAAUAUUGCUCUUAUAUACAUGACUGUUGUUUUACCGUUACUGAUAAAAUUUAAAUCACUAGGAUUAACAAAAGACAAUGGCCAAGUUCCUGCAUUACAGCUGGAAACAGAACUUCUUUAUGUGACGGUUUGUGAACGAGAUCCGUAUGAUGACGGAUUUGUGACUUUGCUAGAGUACAGCACUCUGUAUAUACCAUUUGUGUGCUUGUAUUGGAAACUCUACCGCGCACAAAAGUCGAAGUCAAUUGAUCAAGAAAUGAAGUUCUCUGAGUUACAGUGCCUGCCGCCAUGUCGGGAAGGCGAUAUACCGUACCUCUGUCGGACUUGUAUACGAGUGAAUCCGGUGUUGGCCGUGACUCUUGUCUAUUACCUAUUUUCCCUCCUGGUGGCGCGCCCAUUCUAUAUUGCCUGCAGCAUAGUAUUUGGGACCAUGUACAAGGAUCUCCUCCCUAACAUAACAAUCACUGCCCUAUGUACAUUUGUAUCAAUUUACUGUACUUUUGAUAUCCAUCUAUUCCCCAAAAAAUCCACACUGGUUAUUCGGGACGGCGUCGCAGAGGUUUUGGUGGAGCCAGACAAUGUUUACAAAAUGGACACAAAGACUCAAAAACUCACAGAUGUAUAA